AGUCUAAAACUUUGUUCAAGUUUAUUUUUAUUUUUAUUUUUUUUAUAAACAUAUAUGCAACAAACAAAGAAGAAAGUGCUAGUUGAAGUGUUUCAUGAGUAAGCAGGUCUACAACCGUUGUUUGAAAAUAGCCAGUGACUAAGCUGUCCGGACCCCUAGGGGAAGUUCAUUCCACCACCUUGGUGCCAGAACAGAAGAGAGUCUUGUAGUAUACUUACCUCUUACCCUGAGAGAUGGUGGGACCAGUCGAGCAGUGCUGGUACUCUAGAUCUGAAGGUGCGAGGUUCAGUGCGAGGAGUGAUGAGGGCUUUGAGGUAAGAGGGAGCUGGUCCAUUUUUGGCUUUGUAGUACAAACUAGUAUAAACUAAUACAAACACUCAUCUAUUAAUGAGCUAUUUCCAUGGACUGGAUUCUGCUUCACUCCUGAGCCUGCCACAUGAAUAAAUGUAAAUAUACUGUAAGUGGAAAAAUAUUAUAUAUUGGCAAUAUUAAUAAAACCUCAUUUAUUCCAACUCCAGCAUUUUUGAACUUCAUAAAAAUAGGCAAAAACAUUUGAGCUUACACAUUAAGGAUGAGUAAGUAAUGAAACCUAACUAAUAAUAUCUUUUUUUUUAAUUAUUUUAGGAAAAACAAAAAGUCUUGGUUUAAAUCAAAGCCAGUGUUUUAAUUCUGAAACUGUGUACUUUUUGUUCUCUCUUGCUAAAUGUGCAGUGGAGCAGUAUGUUCAUGCCUCUACUUUUAACUGUCCCAGAUUUUUAUUUUUCAAUAGUUUUUAAUGUAAUGUUCUUUUUAUUUUUAUAUUUAUGAUUUUGGUCAUUUCUCUCUCUAUAUGAAACGUCUUCUUAAAGUGAAAAUUCUUGGUGUUUAUCUUGUUUGUUUUCUUGACAUUCGUAAGCUCUGGUAUAUAAAUCAUGCCAAAGAGAUUAUUGACCAAUGAGUGUACAAAAGGACAGAACAUGUACAAUGCUCUUCCCAGCGCACCAUAAGGCUGCUGCCCAGUUUAUGUGGGCAAAGCACAUCAGGUGUUUUACUGCCCAAUCUUCAACGGAUUACAGGACUCUGACAUCUUUUUACUUUUACUUCUUUUUUCUUUUUCAACUUUUACUGAAUAAAACAUUAGUGGAAGCUUAGAAACAGAACAAUUCUCUAAGCUAUAUGGUCAAGCUCUGUGCAAAGUUCCAUAUUGUAGAAGAAUAUUUAAAUGAAUGACAUCCGUCUACAGUACCUGUCUACUACAACAACCUGAAUUUGAGACACAGCUGGUUUGAUGUCAAGAUGGACCCAAUGACUACAGAAUCUUCUUCAGUCAUUUUUCGGCAGGUGCUGGUUCCUUUCUGGCUUGCAGGACUAGGAACAGUCACAGCUGGAAUGGUGCUGGAUGAAAUACAGCACUGGGAAAUGCUUAAAGAAAUCUCUGAAGUGUUUAUAUUGGUUCCUGCACUAGUGGGUUUAAAGGGAAAUCUGGAGAUGACUUUGGCAUCCAGACUUUCCACAGCAGCCAACACCGGACAGCUAGACAAUCCCAGGCAGCGGACACUGAUGGUGUACUCCAAUCUAGCUUUAGUCCAGGUGCAGGCCAUAGUGGUUGGUUUUCUGGCUGCACUGGCUGCAGUAGGUUUGGGAGGCUUGAUUAAGGGCCACAUAGACCUUCAUCAGGCUGCUGUACUGUUUGCUAGCAGUGUGACCACAGCCUUCAUCUCUGCUCUCACUUUGGGGUUGAUGAUGGUAGCUGUGAUCAUUGGAUCUCGAAAGCUGGGCAUAAACCCUGAUAAUGUAGCAACCCCUAUAGCUGCAAGCCUCGGUGACCUCAUCACCCUCUCGUUACUGGCAGGGAUUGGCAGCUACUUCUUCCAGUUUAGAGAGAUGUGGUAUUUACUUCUGCUGAUAUGUGUUGUGUUGCUGUUGCUCAUUCCUCUCUGUUUGGCCAUCGCUCACCGCAGUCCACCAAUCAGAGAGGUGCUGAAGUCAGGCUGGCAACCUGUUAUCACUUCUAUGCUAAUCAGCAGUGCUGGAGGUCUGAUUCUUGAUAAGACUGUAAGUGACCCUCGGUUUGAAGGCAUGGCUGUGUUCACACCCAUCAUUAACGGUGGGAACCUAGUGGGCAUUCAGGCCAGCCGCAUUUCCACCUACAUGCACUGCAUCUGUGUUCCUGGAGUCACAUCCCCACAAAUUAAAACACACUGCCCUCAUCCAAGCAUGACUUUCUGCUCCUCAGUGAACUCCAGAUCUGCUAGAGUUCUCUUGCUGCUGGUGGUUCCAGGUCACCUGCUCUUCCUUUACACAGUCCAGAUGCUACGAGGUGGACACACUGCCAUAACAUCUGCAUUUGUCUGCUGCUACCUGUGUGCUGCACUCCUGCAGGUACUAAUACUGCUGUACGUGGCAGAUGUGUUGGUGUGGUUGAUCUGGCGACAUGGUCUGGACCCUGAUAAUUACUCCAUCCCAUACCUGACUUCACUGGGGGAUCUGCUGGGCACCAGCCUCCUUGCUCUCACUUUCAGAGCAAACUGAGAUCAGAUCAGUUCCCUUGUCUGAAUAUUUUUUAACAUACACAAAUUAACGAGAAAAAAAAAUUGGUCAAAAAUAGCAUUGUUUUAUUUCACUUUAGAGAAAAGACUUAUCAUGAAAAAUGUAUUAGACUAACUAGACAGAUUUUCCACUCACACAGACCACUGUGAUUCAUUAUGUUGAAUUACUGUAUGUAUGUCUACAGUUGGGGGGAUUAUGGUGGUUUGGUGGUUAGAAUGUUUGCCUUGCACCUCCAGCACUGGGGGUGUGACUCCUGCCUCUGCCACGUGUAUGUUGACCUUGCAUGCUCUUCCUGUUCCUUGAACAUCCUCUCUGUACUUUAGUUUUACUUUAGCUUUGUAGGCUGAUUGGCGUCUAUAAGUUGUCCGUUGUUUGUGAUUAGGUGUGUGAGUGUCCGUGUGCAAUUGUGCCCCAUGAUAGACUGCCAUCCUGUACAUGGUGUACCCUGCCCUGUGCCCAGAGUCUCCUGAAAAUAGGCUCCAGGUUGUCUAUGACUCAUUAGAGUAUAGAUGGAUGGAUGGAUGUCUACCGUUCAAAAAUAUCACUUUAUUUCAUAGUUGUUUGCCUUAGUGGCAAUUUCUAGGGGCUUCUCCUAAACAAACAAGUAUCAUAUAUGAGAACAAAUGGCAUAUAUACAGUCAUGUGUUCCUUUGUACUUCCUUAAAAGAAAGAGGUUAAAGGCAAAUUAUAUAGCAAUAAAAGAGUAUUUGUAUCACCCACCCACCCAGCUGACCCCAAUACAUAUUACUGUACACAUUUACAUAAUAUUCAUGAACUCUUUAAAACCAAAACCAUGGACCAGAUUACAGUUAACGAACUCUGCAAAAGGCUGCAAAAAGGUUGAGAUCUACCUACAACAGAAUGUCUGUACUUUAACUUCUACAACAUUGUUUCCUUUAUUAGAUUUAGUGAUAAGAAACAUUAUGUUCUAUACUUUAUGGAUGGCGGUGUAUUAUUGUCAUGUGACUGUGUUUUUUAUGAAGGCCGUUUUUUUGCAAACGAACCCCAAAAGUAACAAAGUUCUUUCACCUCACCAAUGAAGGCAAUAAAUGCAUCAUAUGGUGUUAUUAACAUGACUUACAUGUAAACUAACACUAUGUUGUGAACAUAAUAAAUGCUAUAUUCUGUGUUGUACCAGUUCUAAUUUAGAACAUAACACUAUAUUGUUGUGAGGAUGUAGACAUCAUGAUUAAAAAGAGCAAAGUUUUACAUUACACAGAUGUUUGUAAUGAAUGUGGCCUUUAGAAUUCUUGUGAAUUAAAAAACCUGAGCUACUUCUAUGUUUAUUAAUUGUACAAAUUAGGUUUCCUGUGAUAGACUAUGCAAAUGAAAUGAUAUCGUUGCAUAUUUUAUACUUAAAUGUCUUUGCCUUUAUGCUGCAAUGUCUUCCACAGUUUCAAAAGGCAAAGCCUUACACUGUAGCCAUCCAAUAAAAGCUGUCUUAAAAGUC